AUGUCCUUCUUUGUGCAGUGGUUGGCGGUUACAAUGUCUCUGGUCCUCCCCGUGCUUCUUCCAGGGAGUGUGGAGGCCACUAAAAGCCCACCAUUUCUCUGUGUUCUUCCUGUCGGUGACUCCAUUACACAGGGAAUCCGGAGAGUGGGCUCGUACCGAACUCAUCUGAAUGAUCUACUUCUCGCAGAAGCCAAUAAGACCAAUGCUUUUAUUGCUGGUCAUGGUUUUAUGGGUUUUGAGAGUGAGCACUGUCACGCUUCGAGGCGCACAACUCGUACCAUUAGCAGGUACAUUUCACGCACGGGUGGUUCACAAGCCCUUGGCCGAAUCUCAGCGUUUAAAAUGCCCCACCAAGGGCACUGUGGGUGGACAUCC